UAUGAGACAUCAAUAUGUCCCUGGAAGAAGAGAAGUUUUUCGUAAACGAGUACUAUACUUAUAAUAUUCUAUUCUUUAAAUUAAUUGGCAUUUCGCCUUAUAAAACAUCUUCGUGUCAAAUGAUUCAUAUUUAUUGUUUCAAUCUUAUCAUAGCAAUUGCAUCAUUUUCACAGGUUAGUGUGCUCAUCUUGUCGGAACUGAAGAUAAAUACUCUCACGAAAUUAUUAGAAACGGCCUUGCCUUCUUUUAUCUUUGCAUUAACAUAUUACAACUUUUUAUCGAAAACUAAAAUCAUAAAGGCAAUUCUUUUUCGUAUUAAAUCCGAUUGGAAUAAUAUGACGAACAAGUCUGACUUGUUGAUAUUAAAAACAUAUGCUAAUCUAGGCAGAAUGUGUACAAUAUUAAUCGCAAUUGCUUUUUAUGUGUAUAUUACGAUUCUAAUACUACCAUCCGUGAUACAUAUUAUUUUAUAUAUCUUUGGUGUACUGGAUGAAACCGAAUUAAUAUUACCAAUUUCUAUUGAUUACUUUUUGAAAGAUCAAAUGAAUUUCUAUUUCGCAUUAUUCAACGAAUACACAUACUUAGUCGUCUUAACCACGAUUGGAAUAGCACAUUGUUCAAUAUUCGUUUCAUUUAUACAACAUACCUGCGCUCUUUUCAAUAUCGUGGCAUGGAAGAUAGAGAAAGGAUGUAAAGGCAAUUCGCAUAAUCUCUAUCAUUCAUACAAUUUUAUCAAUUAUGACGAAGAAUAUGAGUGGAUCAUCGAUGUCAUAAAAUCCUACGAUAAUGUUAUCGAUUUCGUCGAUUUAGUAAAACUUUAUCAUGAAAAAAUUUGUCUGUUCGAGGCGAUAUUCACAAUGCUUUUGAUUAUCUUAAAUUAUAUUUACUUAUUUCAGAUACUUUCCUUUACUAUAAAUAUGAACGAGGUAUUACAAAAGACUAGUUAUGUCUUUGGAUCUAUGUUCGUAAUAUAUAUUUAUCAUUAUGUUGGACAAAAAUUAAUAAAUCAUCACACCGAAAUAUAUAUAAAAUUAUGCCAAAUACCAUUUUACAAGUUAUCUUUAAAAACGCAAAAAAUUUUACUAUUUAUGAUAAUGAAGAGCAUGAUGCCAUGCAAUCUUUCUGUUAAAGGAGUGAUCGUAUUAUCCCAUUAUCUUUUUGGCACGUUUAUGAAAACCUCAUUUUCCUACGCCAUGAUAUUUUAUAGUUCGAUGUAAAUUUUAAUCGAAUAAAGCUUCGGAUUAAAAAUAUUAACUAAUUUUGCUCCAUACGAAAGGAGUGAUUUUUGCUUUGUAAUUAGAGAGUAGU